AUUACAAAAUUAAUUAUCAUAUCUGCUUGUUUAAUUAUAAGUUUUAUUUUUAUACAAAUAAAUCAUCCUUUAUCUAUAGGACUAAUCCUAUUAAUUCAAACUUUUUUAACUUGUAUAUUAACAGGAAUUUACGUAAAAACUUUUUGAUUUUCUUAUAUUCUAUUCCUAAUUUUUUUAGGAGGAAUAUUAAUUUUAUUUAUUUAUGUUACUUCUUUAUCUUCAAAUGAAAUAUUUUCUAUAUCUUUCAGUUUAUCUUUAAUAAGAUUUAUAAUUUUUAUACUUUUUAUAAUAAUUUUUUUAUUUUUAGAUAAAUCUUUAAUUGAACAAUUUAUUAUAAAUUUAGAAAUAGAAAAAAUUUUAAAUUUUAAUAAUUUAAUUAAUGAAAAUAUGUUAUCUUUAAAUAAAAUAUAUAACUUUCCAAUUAAUAUAAUUACUUUAUUACUAAUUAAUUAUUUAUUUUUAACAUUAUUAGUAACAGUAAAAAUUACAAAAAAAUUUUAUGGACCAUUGCGCCCAAUAAACUAA